CUCUGGGAUCCUCUCCAGGUCCUCUAUCCACGCGCUUUCGUUUUCCUCCGAUGGCGCGGGCCCGGCAGCCCAGCCCCGCUCUGCGCUGGCCCGGGGGUCCCCACGGGCCUGGACGGGCAGCGGCGAGCCCCGGGACCCUCGGUCGGGACCCCCAGUCGGGCGGGGCUCUGGAACCGGCUGCCAGCGCUUCUUUCCUUUCUCGGUUCCAUGUGGGCGGGUGUGACGGCUGGGACGGCCCCGCGGCCUCAUCGCUGUCCCCGAGCCGGGGCUGCUCGAGGUGCCCAGGGGAUGGGCAGCGCCCGACCCUGCUGGGUGCUCGUCCAUGGCACCCUCGGCCCGGCCCUCUUCUCCCUCUCUCUCUGCCGGAGACCCCGUCCCGCUCCCCAGGAUGGCCAGGCGGAUCUGCCGGGAGCUACCGUGCUACUGGGGAUGAGCAGCGAGGGGCUGGCUCUGUGAGAGGAACGGUGCUCCGGUGCCCUCUUGCACACUGUCUUGCCCGGGAACUCAUUCCCUGCUUCCGUUUUACCCUUCCCUGUGCUGGUAGUCCCCUGCCACGAGGAGCAAGGGCAGGAUCUGGCAAAGUUUGCAUGGGUGAUGCACUUGACUGGGGCUUUCCUGUCCCUCAGGGACGGUGUGUCAGCCUUGGGAAGUGGCUGGCAGUGCUCUGGGCGUGAAAGCUCGGUGAUCGCUGCUCCCUCUGUAAGGGACUGCAGUACUGUUGGCAAGGGCACGGGGUGAUGUGCAAUCGCCUUGUGGUAGGAAAUCCGGGGAAAUGUGGAGCAGCUCUACCGGAAUCACUGCCACCCCACUUCAGAGACAACACUGAUGCCAUCAGGCAGCAUGGGUGGCUGCUGUGGUCUGUGGUUAGUGGAUGUGUGGGAAGAGCGGUGUGAAGAAGGCCUCAUCUCAGGGUGCAGAUUAGCACAUGUCUGUGGAAGUGUGGUGAUGCGGGAGUAUUGGAUAUGAAUUCACAGGUCUUGUUUCUUCCAGUGUGGGGAGCAUGGUGAUGCCUUAACGUGCUUUGAUAAGCAGUAUAUAUACAAGGGCAGAUGCUGCAACCGGUGUCAGCCAGGUAUGGAAACUCUUUCCUCUGGAUCUCUCAACUGGGCUGUGCCAGGACCUACUGCUUGGCCAAGCGGGGCAAGCUUUGCUUGGUAUGAUGGAGCCCCCCACCUCAUUGCCAGCAAUGCUGACAGCUUCACCUCCCUGUGUCAUCUCAGUGAUAGAGCAACUGGGACCUUGUCGGUGCUCAAGGAGACCCCUUAGACCUCACCAAAUGUGCCACAGCUCUCUUGGGACUGUUUGUGCCCUUGCAGCUACAGGAUCCCAUGGCAAAGGAAGCUUUGUGGGGAGAGUGCUGCCACUGGCACUAGCAAAUUGUGAUGGUGUUUGCUAGCUCCUGCUGUCACUGUCAGGUCAUCUCCCAGUCUCUGGAGUGCUGGAGUGACCCCACAGUCCUUCCUCCCCACUUGGCCCCUGCAGAGUUUGUGGUCAUCAGGCAAGCUGGCUCCUUGAGCGCUGGUUUCCAAGCAGAAUGCUGCAGCAGUCCUGGCAUCCACAGCUGCCAGCAUUCCCCUCUCCUGCUGGUAGAGGUGCUGUCUGGAGAGAGGGAAAGCCCCCUUGCUCCUUCCUCACCAGGCUCUGUUGCAGGGGAAAAGCUGUUCUCUGAGUGCAGUACAACAGAAGACUCUGUCUGUGCCCGCUGUGAGAGCGGGCACUAUCAGCCGAGCUGGACCAAGGAGAAGCACUGUGCUCCUCAUGAUAUCUGUGAAGACAAUGCUGGCCUCAUUGUGAAGGUGCAAGGAAAUGCAACACACAACACGGUGUGCCAGUGCCAGGCUGGCAUGCACUGCUCUGACAUCAGCUGCCAGACCUGCGUGGAGAAUCAGCCUUGCCAGCUUGGCUUUGGCUUCGUGGCAGCCAAGGCCAUGGACAGGAUGUCAUCCCCCUGUGAACCCUGUACAGAAGGCACCUUCUCCAACGUCUCUUCUAAAACUGAGCCGUGCCACCCCUGGACAAGUUGUGAGGAAAAGGGGCUGGUGGUGAAGGUGAAAGGGACGAACUCCUCGGAUGUGAUCUGCGAGUCGAGCCGGCGCUCCUCGCUGUCAGUGCUGAUCCCCAUCACAGCUGCAGUUGUCACGUGUCUCAUGGGUGUCUGCAUCUACUGCCUGGUCCACACAGAUUCCAGGCGACGUGUGCCGAAAGAGAUAGAGGCUGGGGAGCCCGGAGAGAACCCAGAUACCCAGCAGCCCACGGAGCAGGAUGAGAAUGUCUUGCCUGUGCAGGAGACCCUAUUCAGGGGCCAGCCUGUGGCCCAGGAGGAUGGCAAGGAGAGCCGCAUCUCGGAGCAGGAGAUGCUGUGAAGGCGCAGGGCACUGCCUCCGACAGGAGCACAGACUGGGGACAGCACCAUCUCCUCUGUCCCCUCUCCAGCUGGGGAGGGAAUCUGGCAUCUGGCCUGUCUGCAAAUGAUGUGAUGCUGCAGUGGACCAUGGCAUGACCACCCUAUGGGAAUACCACCACAACUCCUGGUCUGGUCGCCUGCGCUGGGCUGCCCUUGUGGAGCAAGGAUUGGCUGCCUGCAUGGGGACGUGGAACAGACCCCAUCCUGAUUCCUGUGCAGGUGAUGCAAUGAAGCCCAGCGUGGCUGCUCUCCUGCUGAGCCCCUGCAGAGCCCAGUGCAGCCCCUGGCCACAGCAGAGUGUCACUGCUGACAGAAGACCCCACAGAGCCGUCUCCAUGAGUGCUGGAGAAGCCAGGGCUGGGAAAGGGGGCUGCUAGUGUGAAGUCACCACGGCAGAGCUCAUUCCCCCGUCUGGGGCGCUGUGGAAGUGCUGUCCGUGCUGGAGCAGGGCCCGGCUGGUAUCCGGACAGGGCAUUCCAGCCCGGCCGCGGUCCCUCCGUGCCGCCCGGCGCUGCCGGGCUCCGUGGGACCAACAAAGGCAGGACCAGGGGCCCACGGCUGUGUUGUGGGCCGGGGAUGGCGGCGGCGGCGGGGCCGGAGCGCAGCCAGCGGUGUACUUUGGCCGGGAGAUGGUGCUGCGGGACCGGCACCGGCACCGGCACCGC